AUGGCUGACUAUGAUAUUGAUGACCCAGAAAGAGAGAUUGAAUGUCCCUAUGAUAAAGCUCAUAUGGUGAGAAAAAAACGGAUGCAAUAUCAUCUUAUUAAGUGUCGGAGGAACCAUGUUACUAAAGAUUUUGUAACUUGUCCAUUUAAUGCUACCCAUGAAAUGCCAAGACCUGAAUUACGUCACCACAUGUUGACUUGUAGAGAUAGAGCUGUUGCUGAAAAAACUAUCAGGCAUGGUGAGUCACUCUAUUACAAUUACUAA